CAAGCAAGAGCUGUUAAUUAGGCAAGUGAAGAAAGCUGAGCCAGGUACAGGUGGUGGUGGCCUGGUGGGGUCUCGUCAGCCUUCAAGUUUGUGCUUUUAUAAUCGCAUCUGAGUGGAAGCAGAGAAACGCUCAGGCUCCCAUCAAAAUCUCUACAGAGAAGUCAUAAAACCAUCUGCAGAGAAGAGUUGGAGAGAGAGAGAGAGAGAGAGAGAGAGAGAGAGAGAGAUUGAUGAAGUGUUUAGAAUAGAAGAUGGCAGUUCUUGGCAAAAAAACGACGUGAAUAAACUGCCAAUUCUGGCCACCGAAUAGUCGUUUUUGUCAACAAACCCACUGAUUCUCAUGCACACAGCUGCACACUCACCCACCCAACAACCCCCCUCAAUCUCACGUCCUCUCCCUUACUUUCUGUGUGAAAACCAUCACAGUGGGUUUUAGCUUUUAAUUUAAUUUAAAAAGCUCAGCAGAGCAAAAAAUAAGCUAAAACCCACUACAUAUAUAGUAGAGGGUAGAGAAGAAAAACUGUUGAUUGAUUCAUUCACGAUUUGUUUGUUUCAUCUUGGUCUUUAAAUUUCUUCGGGAGUAGGUUUGCUUUGUUUCUUUUAAUUGGGUUUGUGUUAAAGCCUUUUGUCUGCUUGUAAGGCUUGAAUCACAAAAAAAAAUAAUAAUGAUAGAGGCCUGUGUCUGCUUGUUUUGUUUGAAAAAACCAGUAAAAGACGGAGAAAAGUAAAGGCCUUUUUUUUCCUUCCCUUUUGUUACUUGUGCCUAGUGCAUGCACGUCUCUGGUCAUUUUAUAGUGACUGUUAAGAGUCCUCUUUGGAUGUCUGUUUUGAGCAUAGAGUGAUUCUUUCUGAGAGUUUGAGCGAGAAAAUUAUUGGGGAAAAAGUUAUUCCUUUUCUUGGUUUUGGCUUCGUGCUUGGAAAUGGAGGUAGUAGAGUUGUAGUUGAGAGUGAUUCCAUGAAUAAUUCUUGGCUUCCUUAUUUGUUAAAGAAUGAUGGGUUUUGAGUAUAUUGGCUGUACUAUCAGUACAAUCCGUGGCAAUUUUUUUUUUUUUGCAGUAAGUAGAGAUUCAGAGCAGUAUCGACGAAAAACCAGACAUUAAUGGCAGACCAAGGUUCAAUUCCUUCUCCUACAGGAAAAAACAGAAAACCCACUUCAUUUCCUAAGCUAUUCACUGCUUUAGCCUUCAAGAACCUCUGUGAAACUGAUGCUGUCAUGAGCCCAACUUCCAUUCUUGAUACCAAAUCCUUCUCUGGAUUGAAAAACCAUCCAUGGCGGCCUGAACAAGUCAGUACACCUAAAACACCCGAGCCACGACACAAGCUUGACCCAAAAGGGGUUGGACUUGCCAUAGUAGAAGCUCUCAAGGAUGAAGACCCUAGUGACCCAAAAUUGUCAAAAUCCGAAUCAAGAAUGGUUCUUUUCGGAUCACUGUUGAAGAUCCAAAUACCUCCUCUGUUUCCCUCUGUUUCUUCAUUGACAGAAUCUCCAAAAUCCCCUACCGACUUCGGUAUAAAAACAAAGAAUUCCCAAAUGGGUUCCUUCUCCUCCGGGUUAUCUCAAUCUCCACAAAAGAAAAUCCAAUUCGGGUCGGAGGGUUCUGGUAUGAACACUCCCGUUUCUUCCCGGGUCUUCACUGGGUCUCUUUGUGCAAGCGAGAUGGAGCUCUCUGAGGACUACACUUGCGUGAUAGCGCACGGGCCUGUCCCAAGAACCACCCAUAUUUUCGACGAUUGCGUAGUUGAGAGCUCUUAUGGUGUCGUUGGCUUCCCUGCUUCCAGGAAAGAAAAUGGGUUUUUGGGUGAUCCAUCAAGUUAUCCAUUUCAGAAUUUCUUGAGCUCCUGCUAUGCUUGCAAGAAGAAUCUUGGCCUGGGAAAAGACAUUUACAUGUACAGAGGUGAGAAAGCCUUCUGCAGCCUCGAAUGCCGGUACCAGGAGAUGAUGUUAGAGGAGGGACUUGAUAAAUUAGCAGAUGAUGAUGGCUAUGAGACUUGUUCAUGAUAGCUUUCUUCUUGUUAAUUAAGUAUUCGCUUCCUUUUCUUUCUUUUUUUUUUACUGAUCACAAGCUCUUACAAAUCAAAAAACAUUGCAUGAGUAUCAUGAGAAGCCUUUUGUGAUAGUCUGGUUGUUUAUCGCUCUCUACUUAAAGAGUCUACACUCUACGGUGUCCGACAUCUAGAGUUUGAACCAAUAUAUAUUUCUUUGUGAAACCCUCGUUGUUUUCUCUCAACAACUCACUUCGGCCAUCUACCCGCAUGCAUUUCGACCGAGUAAUAUAUAUUGUCAAGCGUGGUGCAGAAUGUUCUGGUGGGAGAAGGUUUAUACCUUGUAGAGAUGUUUUCUCCUUGCUCCUUUGGCUGGAAUGUUUGUAGAGUAGUUCUUCAAUAAAUGAAUUAUUAGGUGAUUACUAAUGUAUUAUGUGUCUUCAUUUUCUGGCACCAAUCAAAGGGUUGGUGUGUAAUGAUGUUGAUGUAAGACAUUGUUUUAAUUAUUGCUUUAUCUUUAGCAUUUAAUAUAUACUAGUAAUCCACUCAUGAUUAAGCACACAAAUGACAGAACCAAUGACAUCAAUUGAAAAUGA